AUGUCCAGCCAUAUCAAGUUCGCAGAGCCAACCUCGAAGAAGACUGUCGAAGAUCGGUCGAGGAGUCACCAAGAAAAGGGGUCGGCACAAAGAGCACCCUCUCCGGGGUCUGAAAUUGUUUACCCGACAGGAUGGAGACUGGUGCUUACCACUAUAGGGCUCCUGAUUGCAUUUUUCCUUUCCAACUUGGAUGUCACUAUUGUAAGCUCGGCCCUCACGAGUAUCACAGAUGAAUUGAAUGGAUUUGAGAAGAGAAGCUGGGUCAUUACAGGAUAUCUGGCGACAUACACAGGAUCUAUGGCAAUAUGGACAAAGAUUAGCGAUAUCAUUGGCAGGAAACAGACCAUCAUCACUGCUCUUGUCAUCCUGCUCGGGUUCUCCAUCGGAUGCGGGUGCUCUCAAACAGUCGACCAACUGAUAAUAUUCCGAGCUCUCCAAGGAAUAGGGGGCGCCGGUGCUUAUGCGUUGACUAUCCUGUGUAUCUACGAGAUAGCUCCUAAAACGAAGCUUCCGACCUACAGCAGUCUCAUGUCAUUCUGUCUUGUUUUUGCAUCUUUGAUAGGCCCGAUAGUCGGAGGUGCUCUUGCAGAAGGCUCAGAGUGGCGAUGGACCUUUCUCCUCAAUGCGCCAUUGUGCGCCAUUGCAAUCGUUAUCAUCAUUGUGGCAAUGCCUAAAAACUUUGGUCUUGACCAGCAUACUCCUUCAUUCAGAACACGAGCAUCAUAUCGCUCAUUUGCGAGCCUUGAUCUAAUGGGAUCAUUUUUGAUGAUGGCAGGCUCAUUUUUGAUAGUCGCCGUUUUAAAUGAGACCAACUUGGCUUUUUCAUGGUCCUCGAGGGACGCUAUUGCGCUGCUUGUGCUAACAGGGGUCUCCUGGAUUGCGUUCUUUGCCUGGGAAUGGUAUAUCUCGGACAUCCCAGGAAAAGACCCAAUCUUCCCUAAGCGUUGGUUUUUCGAUCGCCCAUGGCUGGGAAUACUGAUUUCUUCCUUUGUGAUUGGCGCGCCAUACAACGUCGUCUUGGUUUAUGUUCCACAGCAAGCCCAGGUUCUGUUAGACAAGUCUCCCCUGGAGGCUGGUAUCUACUUGAUUGGGUAUUCUGCAGUUGCAGCAAUUGCAGCAGCUAUCAUCAAUAUUGCCAGCUCGAGGGGACGUAUCCCAUUCAUCUACACUCUACUGGUGGGCUGUGUGAUCCACACUGUUGGGGUUGGACUACUCUCGACGAUUGCGACUUCCAGGGGCUUCCACGCAACCGAUAUCGUCUAUCUUGUUAUUGCUGGCACGGGAAUGGGACUCACAAUGGGUAUCCUGGUGCUAUCAACGCCUUAUAUUGUUGAGGACAGAGAUCUAGCAAUUGCCACUGGCACUGUGGUUCAGCUUCGAUUCCUGGGCGGUGCUAUUGGUCUUGCCAUCGCAUCCAAUAUCUUAAAUGGUCGUCUGGCGGGUCAUUUACAGGGUCAUCUAACGUCGCACGAUCUGCACCUGCUUCUUGAGAACGUGGAAAUGUUGAGACAUUUACCUCUCCGUCUCCAAUCCGAGGUCAAAGACGUUUUCGCUAGUAGUUACAGUACACAGUUGAUGGUCAUGAUUGGUUUUGCGGCUGCUCAACUACCAGCAACCCUGCUACUACUGAAGCGGGGUGGACAGCUGGUGGCCAAACCAGCAACCGAGUCAGAAUGA